UUCAGAACAAUGCCGUCCUGGGCCCUUAUGCUCCUUGGCAUUACAACUGUGAGUGCGUAAGCAAUUGAAGUCUCCUUCUCGUUUUCGAGAUCUCUUUCAGACUCCAGUGUAAAGUCUGAGAGAGAGAGAGGUUAUAAAUAAAUCGAAGAGUACUGCUUGUUUUCUGAAGAGAUAGAAAAGAUUUUUCCUCUGCUUCUUCUAUUGGAUAGCCAAGAUUCUGCCAUGGCUGGCGAAGGGGAGAAAGGGGAUUGUAUUGGUUGGGCAGCGAGAGACGCAUCUGGAGUUCUGUCACCCUACAAAUUCAAUAGAAGGUCCCUUGGAAAUGAUGAUGUUUUUAUAAAGAUAACACAUUGUGGUGUGUGUUAUGCCGAUGUUAUCUGGACAAGGAACCAACUUCAUGAUUCCAACUAUCCUCUUGUGCCUGGGCAUGAGAUUGUUGGCGUUAUCACUGAAGCUGGUGCUAGUGUUACAUGUUUCAAGGCUGGUGAUCUUGUUGGUGUUGGAACAUAUAUUAAUUCUUGCAGAGAAUGUGAAUAUUGUAAUGCUUAUACAGAGCAUCACUGUGCAAAAGGCGCAACUCGGACUUUCAACUCCAUUGAUAUAGAUGGCACAUUCACAAAAGGAGGUUAUUCCAGCUACAUUGUUGUCCACCAAAGGUACUGCUUCUUGAUACCUGAAGGCUACCCACCAGCAAUGGCAGCACCACUUUUGUGCGCAGGAAUCACCGUAUACAGUCCAAUGAAACGCUACAACAUGAACCAGCCUGGAAAAUCUCUAGGAGUCAUUGGGCUCGGUGGCCUGGGCCAUAUGGCUGUCAAAUUUGCUAAAUCUUUUGGACUAAAUGUAACAGUCUUCAGCACAAGUGCUUCAAAGCAAGAGGAAGCCCUCCAAAUUCUUGGAGCAGACAAAUUUGUCAUCUCAUCAGACAAGCAACAAAUGCAGUCACUUACUAAAUCUCUGGACUUCAUUAUUGAUACUGCUUCUGGGAAACACCCAGUUGAUGCUUAUGUUUCAAUUCUGAAGCCACAUGGAGUUCUUGUCAUUGUCGGCGCUAUUGGUGAAGUUAAACUGCAAUCUAUAGACCUUAUUCAUGGUUCUAAGGCAAUAGCUGCGAGUGCUGUAGGAGGUACCAAGGACAUUCAAGAGAUGAUAGACUUUUGUGCAGCGAAUAAGAUAUACCCACAGAUUGAAACGAUUCAAAUACAAGAUAUAAAUGAAGCCCUCGACAGGCUUGUGAACAAGGAUGUCAAGUAUCGCUUUGUGAUUGAUAUUGAGAAUUCUCUCAAAUAAGUUGAAGAGGCAGUAAAAAUUUUCAGAGGUUCUGAUGGAGCUGUUAGUAGUUUGGCUGUAUUAUUUCAGCAUGUUCUGUUCCUCUGAGUUCAGAGUAAACUAAAGUUAUGUAUUUCCUUGCUCGCAUAAAUAAUGUGAGAUUUAUUUCUUGUGUUUUGCAUAAUCUGAUAUCAUAUACUAUUUUUAUUAUGGAGAGGAAUAAUUGUUUUUUCAUCUA